GCCCGAUGAUCUUGCUUCGUUGGAGCUCCAGCUGCACAUUGCAAGUAUGGCCGGGGACACUGAGGCACAUCUAAGGGACCGGGCCGAGAAUGCCCACGUUAUUCGUCAGCCUUUUUUAAUCGGCGUGUCCGGCGGCACCGCAAGUGGCAAGUCAUCUGUGUGUGAGAAGAUCAUGGAAAUGCUGGGACAGAACAAGAUUGACCAUACCCAGAGGCAGGUGGCUAUUCUCAGCCAGGACAGCUUCUACAAAGUGUUGACUCCUGACCAAAAGGCCAAGGCACUAAAGGGCCAGUACAACUUUGACCAUCCAGAUGCCUUUGACAACGAGCUGAUCAUGCAAACAUUAAGACUCAUCCUGCAGGGAAAGACUGUUCAGAUCCCAGUUUAUGACUUUGUGACCCAUUCCAGAAAAGACGAGUUUGUGACUGUGUACCCUGCUGAUGUGGUUCUCUUUGAGGGGAUCCUGAUGUUCUAUUCUCAGGAGAUCAGAGACCUCUUUCAAAUGAAGCUAUUUGUUGACACAGAUCCAGAUACACGCCUGUCACGCAGAGUUCUCAGAGAUAUAAGCCAGCGUGGCAGAGAGUUAGAGCAAGUGUUGGCACAAUACAUAACUUUUGUAAAACCAGCCUUUGAAGAAUUCUGCUUACCAACAAAGAAAUAUGCUGAUGUCAUCAUUCCUCGAGGUGCUGACAACCUUGGUAAGAACAUCGAUGUAACAGUACAAGUUUAUUGGUGGCUAUCAAUUUGAUAGUACAGCACAUCCAAGACAUUCUGAAUGGUGGACUAAACAAGCGACACAAUGGGUGCACGAAUGGCCACAGUACCCCUCGACAACGAAGGACCUCAGAGUCGAGCAGUCGUCCUCAUUGACCUCGUCACACCUCUCUUCAGUGCGGAGAGGGGUGUGGAGAGUGCUGUAAAUAAUGCGAGUUGGUGGUCAACAUAUUUAAGAAUCAAAUAAUUGCAAUGCCUUUUACUACUACAUUUGGUAUUGGUUUAAUUCCCUGUAAUAGUUGGAUGUAGGGGUUAGUGUUUUGUUACAAGGAAGGGGAAGGAGAACAUGGCCCAUUGUUUUUCUGGCAAGUCAAUGGUUAAAUCAUUUGUGUUUUCUCUCCUGGUUGUAUUUUGUUAAUUGACCCUCUGCUGCUUCGUGGAAGUCUAUGCCCAUAAUGAAUAAAAGAGGGAAACACUUUUAUUUUAUUUUAUGUCUGAAAAAAACUUGAAUCCUCAUGAUUGGGGGAGAUUGAAUCUCUAGAUGGGUAUCAUCAAAGAUGAGCUUUUAAAGGUGUCUGGUUUAUAUGCAGAAAAUCUUGUUUCUCAAAAUGAUUCUUUAAUGUCCAGUGUUGCACAGAACAAUCUAUUUAUGGUAUUGUAUACUGCAAAAUGUAUGUGUGGCUUCAUUACUUGUAAUCAUAAGCAAAGUAAUACAAACCUCAAGCAACUGAAGCCAAAGGUAGACCGGCUGGGCGUUAAACAAUAUUGCAAGGUAUUGGCUACACCUACAUAGAAGAUGAACUGUGUUAGGACAAAAAAAGUGAUACGUGAACUCAGGUUGGCAACACUAUAAUAAAACGUUGAACAUUAAGUAAGAGUGCCACAGAUCAAUAUAUAAAAACCAGGAUGUGUGGCUGUUGUCCACAAAUUACUCUAUGCCUCUGCAAAGUUGCCUCAGGUAAUAUGAGAAAUCAUUAAACAAUGACAUCCCCGUAACCAUUCUAAUGUACUUGUUUUUGUACCUUAAUUGUAUUCUGUAAAAAGAUGUGUGAAUGGUUUGUACCAGCUAUUUGUACUGUAUGACUGCAAUGGAUUGUGGGGAUAAUUUUUAUUCAAAUGAUCCAAUUGGUUAAUGACCAAUAAAGUAUCUCAACCAACUAAA